AUGAGUAAUAAUAGCACAUCACAACAGAAGAAACGAAAAUUCGAAACCAACCGAUAUAUGGUUGUUUUUGAGGAGUUGCUGAGAGCUCCAGAAGCAAGAGAAAAUUUCAGAGGUUUUCUCAAACUGGUUCAUUGUGAGGAACCUCUUCAAUUGAUCGAUGCCAUUGAUUCAUACAGAACCGAACAUAAAAAGCUAAUAGAUAAUAUUGAUGACAGUGCUUCCGAUUUUGAUUUUCAAGGUUUUAAAAAGAUACUACUCCUUGUGAAUCAACUUGAAAAUAUUGUAAAUACCUUUGGAUUGGAAGAUUCUAUUGAAAAGUUUUCACAUUAUUAUAUGGGUGCUUGGACUCGUACACUGAAUCUCUACCAUCUUGUAACACUAAAAUUGGAAUCCAUUUCCAACUCUAACAAAACUAACAACAAGCAAAUAUUUGAAAUUUUAGAAAUUUUAAAUCCUUCCAAUAUUUUGGAAGAUGUAGAGACAAAGGCAAUUCUUGAUUUGAAAUAUGAUGAAUUUCCAAGGUAUGCCAGGUCGAAUACGCUUCACUUGUUUCUUGUACGAAAGGGUGAAGAAUAUACGAGAAGAAUUGCUAUUAAUAUUGCUAACGAUUUUUAUGUAGAUAUUAGAUUUAAACCUAAAGAUUUUGAAUCUCAAUUAAUGACUGAUAAGGAUGUUUAUUUUGCUUAUACAUUGAGUGAAGAUACACCUGAUUGGAAAGAAUUAACUUGUAGCGAGAAACCUAACUUUUUACAGACCUUUGUUUCAAAAACAGUUUAUUCAAUAGGACCAGACGAAAUGAAAGGAAUGAGAUUAUUUAAAUUGGUAAUGCAUCUGCCCUAUGCAGUUGAAGAUGUUUGGGCUACGUAUUGUGAUAUGAAUACACGAUUCAAACUUGAUCACACUCUCAUGAAAGAUUUCAAAUUGCUGAGAUAUAUUCCACCACAUCAGAAGAAAUCAAGUGAGCAACGAGAUUCCAUUUCAUUUUAUGAGAUAUUUGAUGAGAGAGAUAAUCGAUACACUGUGGAUAAACCACCACUUGCCAUUCAGAUUGGAGCUCUGGGUAUUGAAAUGCACAUUCCACUAUUGAAACACAGAGACUUGCCACAUACAAUGACUUCACUUUAUGAUCCCUCGGUGAAUUGUUACAUGAACAUUGGUCACACGUGCAAGAUUGAGGAAUCACUCAGGCGUGCACCUACAGAUAGAGUCAAGUCUGAAAUUUUGUUCAAUUACAUGUUCUUUGGUACUGGAGAAAAAUCAACAAGAUUUAUUCACACAGUGUAUACAGACCUACAUGUUCCUUUGGAUUCUGAUUUUGUUUUGAGUAAGAUUUGGAAGAAUAGAAGCAAACAAUUACAGGCCUCAUUUGAAGAAUUACUAGCAGAAAAAACCAAGGGAGGAACCAUUUCCAUUGACAAAUCUAUGGUGAAUGAUCAUUUCAAAUAUUUUACAGCUGUGGAAGACAAUGCCAAAUUGAAUAGAAAGUGGUACAGAGAUUAUUUGAGAAAGAAAAAUCAAAUGCAAAUUGAAUAUGGUGAUUGAGGAAAUAUUUUCAAUAGUUAACUAUUGCUUUUCCACAAACCAAUUGUAUAGCAAAAGAAAAUCAAUUUCUACCGGCAUGUGUCUUCCAUGUUGAAUAUGUUGGCUACGCUUCUGAUGGAUGUACCUAUAAUACCAUAGAAUGCUCAUAUGUUCUUGCCUCAUAAUGAAAUAAUAACUUUCGAACAUUGAUUAAAAUUAUAAUAAGGAU